AUGUUGAAGGACAGGGAAGCCAUUCUCAAAAUCUUGAAGGACAACCUACGGGAAGCACAAGAAAUGAUGAAAAAAUUUGCAGAUUUAAAUCGGACGGAGAGGGAAUUUACAAACGGCAAUUGGGUGUAUCUACGGCUAAAACCAUACCAUCAACUCUCAGUUGCUGCUCGGCGGAACCAGAAACUUGCAACUUGCUACUAUGGACCCUUCAUGAUUGAAGAAAAAGUUGGAAAGGUUGCCUAUUGCUUACGACUACCACCAGAAUCCAAGAUCCACCCUAUUUUCCAUGUUUCUUCCCUGAAGAAAAGAUUGGGAUCCUCCUCUACCCUGCAACCGAAGCUCCCACCAGUCAACAUGGAUGGUUCUCUCUUCCCAGAACCAGAAAAGACACUAAAUCGUAGACUUAAAAGGUAA